ACCGCCUGCAAGCCUGAGCUCAAAGAAAUGGAGCCAAUUUAGUUUUGAGGAAGAGAAAGAGAGAGAGAGAAGUAAGCAGCCUAAGCUACAAAAGAGUUGGGCGAGAGAUAAUCAAGCGAAGGAGGCCAAAAGAUUGAUGCUCUAUAAUCCUUCAAAGGAGCAAGGAAAAUUCCAGUGAUCUCAGUCAUGGAUCCAUUAUUGAAGUUAUUCCUAGAGAGAGGGAGAGAGGGAAAGUGGGGAAACGGUGCGAAGAGUUUUGAGGGAAUUUUGCUGGUGCGGCAUUAGUUUUGCAGGUUGAGUUCUGCUUUUGCUAAGGUUUCUGGAGCUUUUGAAUUUUAAGGGUUUCUGAGAAUUUUGCUCCUAUGAAGAGGAGCAGCACAGCUGAAUCAGCUUCCGCAGCGGCCGCGCCACUGCUGACGGAGGAGCUGCUGAAGAAGAUUCAGGAAUUGGAAAUGGGGCAGGUCCGUUUGAAGCAGGAGAUGUCGCAGCUCAUGGCUUCACCGGCGGCAGCUAAGAUUGUGGCCGCUGAUUACCAUCAGAGGCAGAGGUCGCAGUCGAUUUCGCCGCAGAGGUCUCCACGGUCGAGAGUCGACGACGUCGCGGACGGCGGCGCAGCUGUGGCGUGGAAGAAGGGUUCUGCGUCGUUUCGGCAUUCAUCGCCGCUGCAGAGAGAGAGCCGUCACAGGGGGACGUUGGGGGGUGCGGCCGGCGAGCCGGCGGCGGUUAAUUUUACGGAUAAGCAGUAUGUGAACAUAUUGCAGUCAAUGGGGCAGACGAUCCAUAUAGUAGGUCCAGAUCAUCGGCUAAUUUACUGGAAUAGAAGGGCUGAAGAACUUUUUGGAUAUUCUUCUGAGGAGGCUAUUGGGAGUGAUGUUCUCGAGUUAUUGACAGAUCCUCGAGACCAUGGCGCAGGUUCUGAGAUUUUGCGUCGUGUGGGUAUGGGUGAGAAUUGGACCGGACAGUUUCCAGUUAAGGCCAAGACAGGAGAAAGGUUUUCGAUUGUUGCAACUAAUACCCCUUUCUAUGAUGAUGCUGGUCUGUACCUCGGAGUUAUAUGUGUCACGAAUGAUACUAGACCUUUUGAAGAAGCAAAGGCUGUAAUGAUGGCGGCUCAAAGGAGCUGCUGGGAUAAUGUUUCAAAUUUUAGCAGGCCGAGAAGCAUCACUUCUGGCAAACUUGAUCUUGAUCCUCAGCAGCCUCUACAAGUAGCAAUUGCCUCCAAGAUUUCAAAUUUGGCUUCUAAAGUAAGCAACAAGGUUAAGUCAAAAAUGAGGCCUGCAGAGAGCUACUCGGAUUACGAAGGUGGCAGCUGGGAUGUUAAUCACCCCAAUCAUGGCUUCUCGGAGGCUGAACAUCGGGAUGAUGGAGCUUCUGGUGGUGCUAGUACUCCAAGAGGAGAUACACUUGGAGUUUUCUCUCGGUGGGAAGACUCUCCUAGUAAACCAUCAAGAGAUUCUGGUGAUGAGAGUGAAAAAAAACAUCCGAUUUCUAAGAUCCUUUCCUCAAAGGCAGAGGCGUGGAUGGGCAAAAAGGGUUUGGCGUGGCCAUGGAAAGAAAAAGAACGUGAGGGAUCAGAUCUGAAUCUGAAAGCUUCUCGUUUUGUUUGGCCAUGGGUACAGAAUGACCAAGAGAAUGAAUCAGAGAAGCAAAAGAGUGCAUCCACCGAAUUCAAGCAAGAAAGUCCGUGUACUGAAACCAAUCGAACAACUAAUAAUGAGGCUAUAGGGUCCUGGUCCUCUUCUAUUAAUGUUAACAGCACAAGCAGUGCCAGUAGUGGUGGUAGCACCAGCAGCAGCACUGUUAAUAAACUUGAUGUGGAUAUCGAUUCUUUGGAUUAUGAAAUUUUGUGGGAAGACUUGACUAUUGGUGAGCAAAUUGGACAAGGUUCUUGCGGGACUGUAUAUCAUGCUCUGUGGUAUGGAUCAGAUGUUGCGGUCAAGGUAUUCUCCAGGCAAGAAUAUUCUGAUGACGUGAUAUCAUCCUUCAGACAGGAGGUGUCACUUAUGAAAAGACUUCGGCAUCCAAAUAUUCUCCUAUUCAUGGGUGCAGUUAUGUCUCUCGAACGUCUUGGCAUUGUAACAGAGUUUCUUCCUCGUGGAAGUCUGUUCCGGCUAUUGCAGAAGAGUGCAUCAAAAUUAGAAUUGAGAAGGCGCGUUCACAUGGCUUUGGAUAUAGCACGAGGUAUGAAUUAUCUUCAUCAUUACAAUCCUCCUAUCGUCCAUCGUGAUUUGAAGUCUUCGAAUCUUCUAGUGGACAGGAACUGGACUGUUAAGGUCGGUGAUUUUGGUCUAUCACGCCUAAAACAUGAGACUUAUUUGUCGACAAAGACAGGAAAAGGAACACCUCAGUGGAUGGCUCCUGAAAUUCUUCGUAACGAACCUGCAGACGAAAAGUCUGACAUAUACAGCUUCGGUGUGAUACUCUGGGAACUUGUAACCCUAAAGAUUCCAUGGGAGAACCUCAAUUCAAUGCAGGUUAUUGGAGCUGUGGGCUUCAUGAACCAACGCUUGGAUAUACCAAACAACGUCGAUGCACAAUGGGCUUCUAUUAUACAGAGCUGCUGGAGCAGCGAACCACGAUCCCGCCCUUCAUUCCAAGAACUAGUCGACCAGCUAAAAGACAUGCAGAGACGAUGUGCAAUCCAACAUCAAGCCGAGCGUGCUGGUUCUGGAGAUGCUGCCCAGAAAUAACUGUGGAGGCAGUCGAAGUGCGUCUACAAAGAACUUUUGCUUCUACAAUCACAAGCAGAUGACGACACGAUAGCCAGUGGCCGCUCUGCAUUCGCUUGUGGUGUCGGAUUAAGGCAUCUUGAGGCAGCUACUGUAUCCUCUGUUUGAUGCCCCGUCUCUCGUUCUUUAUUUCUCAGCCUGUUUUGACUGAGAUAUUAUUGAUGGUGAUUUUGUAUGUUACAGGAGUUUAUGUUACUGUGAUCUGGCGCCAUUUUAUCUGAAUCAAGCUGGAAUCUGAGGCUCAGUUAAGGUUGAAAAGAUUGAGAUUGUGGUGAAGCGUAAGAUAGUGAAAUUUUCAUGCAUGUUUGUUUCUUCGUUUAGUGGUGAAAAUAACGAAAAUGUGAAUAUAAAUGGUGGAAUUUUGGAUGUUGGGAAUCGAUAGAUUUCGAUAUUAUUAUAUUACGUCGUUAGUUAA